UGUUGCUCUGUUUUCCCUGGUUUAGCAAACGCACCAGACUGUGCCUCCCAUGGGUGCGAGAUUGGCUGUGCAGUGACUCAUGAUGGGCCUCGUUGCUACUGUGGAGAUGGUUACGAGGUUGCUGCAGAUGGAAAGAAAUGUAAAGAUUUCAAUGAGUGUGGUGUGUAUGGAACAUGCAGUCAGACAUGCACAAACACUGAAGGCAGCUACACCUGCAGCUGCGUGGAGGGCUAUCUCCUGCAGCCAGACAACCGCUCCUGCAAAGCCAAAAAUGAGCCUGUGGACCGUCUGCCUGUUCUGUUGAUCGCCAACCUUAACAACAUCCGAUGCACCUCCCUGAGUGGCUCCGCGACCCGGGUUCCUUCCAUCGCCACCAAACAGACCAUGGCUAUGGACUUCAUCUAUGCGGAGGAGACUGUUUGCUGGAUAGAUGUGGGCGAUACGCCCGCUGCCACCCAGCUUAAGUGUGCCAGCAUCCAAGACCUGAAGUCUGUCAGUAACAACCGCACCAUCAACAUCUCUCUCAGCUUGCACCAUGUGGAGCAGAUGGCUAUAGACUGGCUGACUGGCAACUUCUACUUUGUGGAUGACGUGGACGACCGGGUGUUUGUCUGCAACAAGAACGGCAAAACUUGUGUGACCCUGCUGGACCAAGAGCUGUACAACCCUAAAGGCAUCGCCCUGGACCCAGUGAUGGGAAAAGUGUUCUUCACAGACUAUGGGUCUACGCCGAGGGUGGAGCGUUGUGACAUGGACGGGCAAAACCGCACUAAGCUGGUCGACAGUAAGAUCGUCUUCCCCCACGGUAUCACUUUGGACCUGGUGAACAGGUUGGUGUACUGGGCGGACGCUUACCUGGAUUACAUCGAAGUGGUGGACUAUGAGGGCAAGAAUCGGCACACCAUCAUCCAGGGUCUGAUGGUGAGGACCCGAACCUGCCGCUGCCGCUCGGGCUUCAGCCUCGGCAGCGACGGCAAAUCCUGCAAGAAGCCGGACCACGAGCUGUUCUUGGUGUAUGGCAAAGGUCGUCCUGGAGUCAUCAGGGGCAUGGACAUGAACGCUAAAGUGCCCGAUGAGUACAUGAUCCCGAUCGAGAACCUAAUGAACCCCCGAGCAUUGGAUUUCCACGCCACCAAUGAAUUCAUCUACUUUGCUGAUGCCACGAGCUACAUCAUCGGGCGGCAGAAGAUAGACGGCACCGAUAGAGACGUCAUACUGAAGGAUGGUAUCCACACGGUAGAGGGAAUAGCAGUAGACUGGAUGGGAAAUAAUCUUUACUGGACAGACGAUGGACCAAAGAAGACUAUCAGUGUUGCCAGGCUGGAGAAGGCUUCACGGACCCGCAAGAUUCUCAUUGAGGGCAAGAUGAGCCACCCUAGAGCCAUUGUUGUGGACCCCCAGCAUGGAUGGAUGUACUGGACUGACUGGGAGGAGGAUCCCACAGAGAGCAACAGAGGCAAGAUCAAGAAAGCUUGGAUGGAUGGUUCGCAUCACCAAGUGUUCCUCACUAGCAAAACAGUCCUGUGGCCCAAUGGGUUGAGUCUGGACAUUCCCCAGGGAAUCCUGUACUGGGUGGAUGCUUACUACGACCGCAUUGAAUGGUUUAUCUAAACACCACCGAGCGAAAGGUUGGUGGUGUAUGAGGGGCAGGAGCUUAACCAUGCCUUUGGUUUAUGCCACUACAAACAAUUUCUGUUUUGGAACGAGUACCGCGGUGGCAGCAUCUACAAACUGGACCAAGUCACUAAAACAGUCACUCUACUCCGCAAUGAGAGGCCGCCCAUAUUUGAGAUCAGAGUGUACGAUGCACACCAGCAGCAAGGAACCAACGCGUGUCGAGUUAACAAUGGCGGCUGCAGCAGUCUGUGCCUCGCCAUUCCUAAUGGCAGAUCCUGCGCCUGUGCUGAUGAUCAGAUCCUUGAUGGCAAUAACGUUACUUGCAGAGCCAACCCCGCCUACGUUCCCCCGCCCCAGUGCCAGCCCGGGGAGUUUGCUUGCAAGAACAACCGCUGCAUCCAAGAGCGCUGGAAGUGUGACGGGGACAAUGAUUGUCUGGACAACAGCGAUGAAGCCCCUGAGCUCUGCUACCAGCACACCUGCUCAGCCGAGCGAUUUAAGUGCCAAAACAAUCGUUGCAUCCCCCUGCGAUGGCUGUGUGAUGGUGACAAUGACUGUGGGAACGAUGAGGAUGAAUCCAACACCACCUGCUCUGCUCGCACAUGUCCACCCAACCAAUACCCCUGUGCCAGUGGGCGCUGCAUCCCCAUCUCCUGGACAUGUGACCUUGAUGAUGACUGUGGAGAUCGCUCAGAUGAACCUGAUUCCUGCGCGUAUCCAACCUGUUUCCCUCUCACCCAGUUCACCUGCGCCAAUGGCCGCUGCAUCAAUAUAAAUUGGCGCUGUGACAACGACAAUGACUGCGGAGACAGCAGCGACGAAGCCGGCUGCAGCCACUCUUGUUCCAGCGUCCAGUUCAAAUGUAACAGUGGCCGCUGCAUCCCAGAAUACUGGACCUGCGACGGCGACAACGACUGUGGAGACUACAGUGACGAGACUCAUGCCAACUGUACCAACCAAGCAACCCGACCUCCAGGUGGCUGCCACGGAGACGAGUUCCAGUGUCGCAUGGACGGCCUGUGCAUUCCCAAGCGUUGGCGUUGCGAUGGCGACACAGACUGUAUGGACCUGAGCGAUGAGAGCAACUGCGAGGGCUUCACUCAGACUUGUGACCCUGCAGUCAAGUUCAGCUGCAGGGACUCUGGUGAGGAAUUUGCCAGAUUUAGAAACACCAUUGCUUUAGACUUCCAUCUCAACCAGAGCACCCUGUACUGGACGGAUGUUGUGGAGGACAAGAUCUAUCGUGGGAAACUGUCUGAUAAUGGAGCCCUGACCAGUUUUGAGGUGGUGAUCCAGUAUGGGCUGGCUACUCCAGAAGGCCUAGCUGUGGACUGGAUAGCAGGAAACAUUUACUGGGUGGAGAGCAAUCUGGACCAGAUUGAGGUGGCCAAACUGGAUGGGACCAUGAGAACGACCCUGCUAGCCGGCGAAGUGGAGCAUCCCCGGGCCAUCGCCCUAGAUCCUCGAGAUGGUAUCCUGUUUUGGACCGACUGGGAUGCAAGUCUGCCCAGAAUUGAGGCAGCAUCCAUGAGCGGUGAAGGUAGACGCACCAUCCACAGGGAGACCGGCAGUGGUGGGUGGCCCAACGGACUCACUGUGGACUACAUGGAAAGACGCAUCGUCUGGAUUGAUGCCAGGUCGGAUGCUAUCUACUCAGCGAUGUACGAUGGCUCGGGGCUGAUUGAAGUGUUGCGGGGUCAUGAGUAUUUGUCCCACCCCUUUGCUGUCACUAUGUACGGAGGCGAGGUCUACUGGACUGACUGGAGGACUAACACUCUGGCCAAAGCCAAUAAAUGGACAGGACACAACGUUACUGUGGUGCAGCGCACCAACACGCAGCCCUUUGACUUGCAGGUCUAUCACCCAUCCAGGCAACCCCAGGCCCCCAACCCGUGUGCCCCCGCUGACGGUAAACCCCUUUGCUCCCACUUGUGUCUCAUCAACUUUAACCAGACCUUCUCCUGCGCCUGUCCUCACCUCAUGAAGCUGCAGCCCGACAAGUACACCUGCAAAGAGUCUCGCAAGUUCCUUCUUUACGCUCGUCAGAUCGAGAUCCGAGGUGUUGACAUUGACAACCCCUACUACAACUACAUAAUCUCCUUCACCGUGCCGGAUGUAGACAACGCGACAGUGGUGGAUUAUGAUGCUGUGGAGCAUCGGAUCUACUGGUCAGAUGUGCGAACACAGACCAUCAAGCGAGCUUUCAUCAAUGGCACAGGGGUGGAGACUGUGGUCUCUGCUGACCUUCCUAAUGCCCAUGGCCUGGCAGUAGACUGGGUGUCCAGGAACCUCUUCUGGACCAGCUACGACGCCAAUAAGAAGCAGAUCAACGUGGCCAGACUGGAUGGAUCUUUCAAGAAUGCCGUCAUCCAGGGACUGGACAAGCCCCACUGUCUAGUGGUCCACCCUCUGCUUGGGAAGCUUUACUGGACUGAUGGUGACAGUAUAAGCAUGGCUAACAUGGAUGGCAGCAACCGCACCACACUUUUCACCAACCAGAAAGGACCAGUAGGCCUCUCUAUUGACUAUGAAAAGGAGCAGCUGUACUGGAUCAGCUCAGGAAACAGCACCAUUAACCGCUGUCAGCUGGACGGCUCUAAACUCGAGAUCCUUGAAGGUGUUAAAGGCAAAUUGACCAAAGCGACUGCGCUGGCUAUUAUGGGAGACAAGCUGUGGUGGGCCGAUCAGGGAACUGACCAGAUAGGAACAUGUGACAAGAAGGAUGGAGGAAACUGGAAAGUUUUGCGAAACAACACCUCCCCAAUGAUGCACAUGAGGAUCUAUGAUGAGGAUGUGCAGAAAGCCGGUGUCAACCUGUGCAGUAACAACAAUGGUGACUGCUCACAGCUGUGUUUGCCCACCUCUCCGACAACCAGGGCCUGCAUGUGCACUGCCGGAUACAGCCUCAAGAUGGGCCAGCAGUCCUGUGAAGGCAUGGGCUCUUUCCUGCUUUACUCUGUUCACGAGGGAAUCAGAGGAAUUCCUCUCGACCCAGCGGACAAAUCGGAUGCCUUGGUGCCGGUUUCUGGAACCUCUCUGGCUGUUGGCAUCGACUUCCACGCUGAGAAUGACACAAUCUACUGGGUGGACAUGGGUCUGAGUACCAUCAGCAGAGCCAAGAGGGAUCAGACGUGGAGGGAAGAUGUGGUAACCAACGGUAUUGGCAGGGUGGAGGGCAUCACUGUUGACUGGAUAGCAGGAAAUAUUUACUGGACCGACCAGGGCUUUGAUGUGAUCGAGGUGGCCAGACUGAACGGCUCCUUCCGCUAUGUUGUCAUUUCCCAGGGCCUGGACAAACCCAGAGCCAUAGCUGUCCACCCAGUGAAAGGGUAUUUGUUCUGGACUGAGUGGGGUCAGUAUCCUCGUAUCGAACGCUCACGACUGGAUGGCUCCCAGAGGCUGGUCAUGGUCAAUGCGAGCAUAAGCUGGCCCAAUGGAAUCUCCAUUGAUUAUGAGGAGGGUCUGCUUUACUGGUGCGAUGCCAGGACAGACAAGAUCGAGCGCAUCAACCUGGAGACUGGAAAAAACAGGGAGCUGGUUCUGGGCAACAACAACAUGGACAUGUUUGCUGUAUCUGUGUUUGAGGAAUACAUCUACUGGAGUGACAGGACUCAUGCUAAUGGCUCCAUUAAGAGAGGCAGCAAGGACAACGCUACAGAUGCUGUGCAGCUCAGGACAGGCAUCGGUGUACAGCUCAAAGAUAUUAAAGUUUUCAAUAGAGCCAGACAGACAGGCUCGAACGUCUGCAAAAACAACAACGGCGGCUGUGAACAGCUGUGUCUUUUCCGUGGGAAUGGCGAGCGCACCUGCGCCUGUGCUCACGGCAUGCUGGCAGAGGACAACCAAAGUUGCCGUGACUACGACGGCUACCUGCUGUACUCCGAGCGCACCAUCCUGAAAAGCAUCCACCUGUCCGACGAGACGAACCUCAACGCGCCCAUUAAGCCGUUCGAGGAUCCCGACCACAUGAAGAAUGUCAUCGCUCUCAGUUUCGACUACCAUGGCGGGGGAGGGAGGGGAGCUAACCGCGUCUUCUUCAGCGACAUUCACUUUGGCAACAUCCAGCAGAUCAACGACGACGGCACAGACCGCAAGAUCGUGGUGGAAAAUGUUGGGUCAGUUGAGGGCCUGGCGUACCAUCGUGGCUGGGAUACACUCUACUGGACCAGUUAUACGACGUCCACCAUCACUCGCCACACUGUGGACCAGAGCCGUUCUGUGGCCUACAACCGCAACACCGUAGUCACCAUGUCUGGAGAAGACCACCCUCGAGCCUUUGUGUUGGACGAGUGUCAAGAUCUCAUGUUCUGGACGAACUGGAACGAGCAGUCUCCGAGCAUUAUGAGGGCCUCUUUGAAUGGAGCCAACGUGAUCGUGAUCAUCGGCAGCGACAUUAAAACUCCCAACGGCCUGGCCAUAGAUCACCGCGCCGAGAAGCUCUACUUCUCUGACGCCACGCUGGACAAGAUCGAACGCUGUGAAUACGAUGGAAGCAACCGUUACGUGCUGCUGAAAAACGAGCCGGUCCAUCCGUUCGGUCUCGCUGUGUACGGAGAUUACAUCUUCUGGACUGACUGGGUGAGGAGGGCUGUGCUCAGAGCUGACAAGUACACGGGAGGAGACAUGAAAGUGCUGCGUGCUGACAUCCCUCAGCAACCAAUGGGCAUCGUUGCUGUAGCUAAUGACACCAACAGCUGUGAAUUUUCUCCUUGCCGAACAAACAACGGAGGUUGCCAGGACCUGUGCCUGCCUACGUCCGACGGCCGGGUCAACUGCAGCUGCCGUGGAGACCGGCAACUCCUCGAAGACAACACCUGUUCUCCCCUGAACGUAUCGUGCGGAAGUGUCGAUGGCUUUGAGUGCGGGAAUGGUGAUUGCAUCAACUACAGUCUGACCUGUGACGGCAUGGCCCACUGCAAGGACAAGUCUGAUGAGAAGCAGUCCUACUGUGCCAAUCGACUCUGUAAGAAAGGCUACAGGCGCUGCAUGAACGGCCGCUGCAUUGGUCACCACUUCUGGUGCGAUGGCACAGAUGACUGUGGUGAUCAUUCAGAUGAACUGCCCUGCAACAUGACGCUUUGCAAAGCAGGAGAGUUCCAGUGCAAAGAUGGAAGCUGCAUCUCCAACUACAGCCGCUGUGACCAGGUGGUCAACUGCGAGGAUGCAAGCGAUGAAAUGAACUGCCAACCCACCGAUUGCUCCCGUUUUUUCCGGCUCGGAGUUAAAGGAGCCUCUUUCCAAAGCUGUGAGAAAACCACUCUGUGUUAUCUGCCCUCGUGGGUGUGUGACGGCAACAAUGACUGCGGCGACUUUUCCGAUGAAAGAAACUGUCCAGAUAAGAGGAAGCUUAAAUGUCCAGUCAACUUCUUUGCUUGCCCCAGCGGUCGCUGCAUUCCUAUGAGUUGGACCUGCGAUAAAGAGAAUGACUGUGAGAACGGGGCUGAUGAGACACACUGUGGUCAGUCUUCUGCGAAGUUGUCCUCUAAUACCCUUAUCUUUAUCUUGACAGACUCUGAGAGGACGUGCAAUGACUCAGCUUUCAUGUGCCACAAUAAAAAAUGCUUGAAUGAGACACUGCUGUGCGACCGCAACGACGACUGUGGCGAUGGCUCCGAUGAACUCAACUGCUUUAUCAACGAGUGUCUCAACAGCAAGCUGAGCGGCUGCACGCAGCUCUGUGAUGACCUCAAGAUCGGCUUCAAGUGCAGGUGUCAUCCUGGUUUCCAGCUGAAGCGUGAUGGGAAGACAUGUGUGGAUAUAGAUGAGUGCACAACCACCUACCCCUGUUCCCAACGCUGCAUCAACACACACGGCAGCUUCCACUGUCUCUGCGUCGACGGCUUUGAGCUCAGCCCCAAUGACCCCACUGUUUGCAAGUCCACAUCGGAUGAAGAGCCCUACUUGAUCUUUGCCAAUCGGUACUACCUGAGAAAACUGAACCUGGAUGGCACCAACUACACUCUUAUAAAGCAGGGUCUUAAUAAUGCAGUAGCACUGGACUUCCACUAUGCAGAGCAGAUGAUCUACUGGACAGAUGUGACCACUCAGGGCAGCAUGAUUCGACGCAUGCAUAUGAACGGCAGCAGCAUGGAGGUUUUGCACCGAACCUCUCUGAGUAAUCCUGAUGGCUUGGCGGUAGACUGGGUCGGUGGAAACUUGUACUGGUGCGACAAAGGCCGAGACACCAUUGAGGUGUCAAAACUUAACGGGGCUUACCGAACGGUGCUGGUCAACAGUGGCCUGAGGGAACCUCGUGCAGUGGCUUUGGAUGUACGCUAUGGUUAUCUUUACUGGUCUGACUGGGGUGACAGCCCUCACAUUGGGAGAAUUGGGAUGGAUGGCACUAACAGAAGUGUCAUCAUAGAGGAUAAGAUCACCUGGCCCAAUGGAUUAACCCUAGACUUCAUCAAUGACCGUAUCUACUGGGCUGAUGCCAGGGAGGACUACAUUGAGUUUGCCAGCCUGGAUGGCAGGAACAGACACACAGUUCUCAGCCAAGACAUCCCUCACAUAUUUGCCAUGACACUGUUUGAAGAAUACAUCUACUGGACCGACUGGGAAACAAAGUCCAUCAACAGAGCUCAUAAGACUCUGGGUACCAACAAGACGACCCUGAUCAGCACCCUGCACCGACCCAUGGACAUCCACAUUUACCAUCCUUACCGCCAACCUCCGGUGCUCAACCACCCGUGCCAGAUAAACAACGGUGGCUGCAGUAAUCUCUGCCUCCUUUCUCCUGGUGGAGGUUAUAAGUGUGCCUGUCCCACCAACUUCUAUCUGGCAAACGAUCAGCGCACUUGCAUGUCGAACUGCACAGCCAGCCAGUUUGUGUGCAAGAAUGACAAAUGCAUUCCUUUCUGGUGGAAAUGUGACACAGAAGACGACUGUGGAGAUCGUUCAGACGAGCCAGACAACUGCCCCGAAUUCAAUUGCAGACCAGGGCAGUUUCAGUGUGGCACAGGCAUCUGCACCAACCCUGCAUACAUCUGUGAUGGAGACAACGACUGCCAGGACAAUUCAGACGAGGCCAACUGUGACAUUCAUGUUUGCCUGCCCAGCCAGUUCAAAUGUUCCCACCCCAGCCGCUGCAUUCCAGGCAUCUUCCGCUGUAACGGCCAGGUCAACUGUGGAGAAGGCGAGGAUGAGAAGGACUGCCCUGAAGUCACAUGUGCACCCACCCAGUUCCAGUGUGCCAUCACCAAACGCUGCAUACCUCGUGUCUGGGUGUGCGACCGUGACAACGAUUGUGUGGACGGAUCAGACGAGCCCGCCAACUGCACCCAGAUGACCUGUGGUGUGGACGAGUUCCGAUGCAAAGACUCUGGCCGCUGCAUUCCCGCUCGCUGGAAGUGUGACGGCGAGGAUGACUGCGGCGAUGCGUCAGAUGAACCGAAAGAGGAGUGUGGUAAAUAUUGUGUUUUCUUUUUUAAGUAAAAAUCUGUUUUUGAUUUCAUUGGCAAUAAUAAUUUUGCGUGUUGGACAGCUGAGAGGACGUGUGAGCCAUACCAGUUCAGAUGUAAGAACAACCGCUGUGUGCCGGGCCGCUGGCAGUGCGACUAUGACAAUGACUGCGGGGACAACUCCGAUGAAGACAACUGCAUGCCUCGCCAGUGUUCAGAAAGCGAGUUUGCCUGCACCAACGGCCGUUGCAUUGCUGGGAGGUGGAAGUGCGAUGGAGACCACGACUGUGCGGACGGAUCUGACGAGCACGGCUGUGAUCUGAAGUGUGACCAGGACCAGUUCUCAUGUAAGAAUGGACACUGUAUUCCGAUCCGCUGGCGGUGCGAUGCUGAUCCUGACUGCAUGGACGGCAGCGAUGAGGAAAACUGUGGCAGUGCUGCUGGCCGUCACUGCCCUCUGGAUGAGUUCCAGUGUAACAACACUCUGUGCAAGCCGCUCGCCUGGAAGUGUGACGGAGAGGACGACUGUGGGGACAACUCUGACGAGAAACCCGAUGAAUGCAGGAAGUUCCAGUGUCCGCCGACAAGAGCGUUCCGCUGCCAAAACGACCGCGUGUGUCUGCAAGUGUCAAGGAGGUGUGACGGCGUUAAUAAUUGUGGAGACAACAGCGAUGAACUGAAUUGCCAGGCUCCAACUGUUCCCACGUGUGAGAAAGACGAGUUCUUGUGCUCCAAUGGCAGAUGCAUCAGCUCCAAUAUGCGCUGCAACUUCUUUAAUGAUUGCGAAGACUAUGGCUCUGAUGAGAUCAACUGCAAAACAGACACAAAGCUAAACGACUGUCGGAGUAACACAACUCAGUGUGGUGAUGGAGAUGAGGCGCACUGUGUCACCAAUGGCACAGACUCCUUCUGCUCCUGCAAACCAGGCUUCCAAAAGAUAGGACACCACACCUGCGGAGAUAAGAACGAGUGUCUGCAGUUUGGAGUCUGUUCCCACAUCUGCAAUAACACCAAAGGCUCCUACAAAUGCAGCUGCCACAAGUACUUCACCAGGAUAAAUGACACCUGCAAGGCUGACAACAUGAACAGCAGUCGGCAGAUUCUAUACAUCGCUGACGACAAUGAAAUCCGAAGCCUCGACCCCGGCAUGCCCAACUGGCGCUAUGAGCAGACCUUCCAGGGCGAUGCCAGUGUGCGCAUUGAUGCGAUGGACCUGCACGUCAAGACCAACCGCAUCUUCUGGACCAACUGGCACACGGGGCGCAUCUCCUCCUACGAGCUUCCAGGAUCAUCCUCAUCGUCAUCUUCUAGCAUCAACAACCUGCAGAUCAAAGACCUGAAGAUGCCCCGUGGUAUUGCUGUGGACUGGGUGGCUGGUAACCUGUACUGGACUGACUCCGGCCGAGAUGUAAUUGAAGUGGCUCAGUUGUCAGGCCAGCAUUCCAAGACCCUCAUCUACGGCAUGAUAGACGAGCCUUAUGCCAUUGUAGUGAAUCCACAGAGAGGUACCAUGUACUGGGCAGACUGGGGCAACCACCCUAAAAUUGAGACGGCCGCCAUGGACGGCACUCUAAGACAAACACUCGUCCAGGAGAACAUCCAGUGGCCAACAGGCUUAGCUGUGGACUACUUCAAUGAGCGUCUUUACUGGGCAGAUGCUAAACUAUCAGUCAUCGGCAGUGUCCGUCUGGAUGGCUCUGACCCUGUCGUUGCUGUCUCCGGGAUCAAAAACAAUUUGCUCCAUCCAUUCAGCAUAGAUAUCUUUGAGGACUACAUUUACGGGGUCACAUAUAUUAACAACUUUGUCUUCCGGGUCAACAAGUUUGGUAAAGGCCCUAUGGAGAAUCUCACUACAGGCAUCAACCAUGCUACAGACAUAGUCCUGUAUCACCGUUACAAGCAGCCAGAGAUGACUAACCCGUGUGACAGGAAGAAGUGUGAGUGGCUGUGUCUCCUCAGCCCCAGUGGGCCGGUGUGCACCUGCCCUAACAACUACGUUGCAGACAACGGCACCUGUACGGAGAGACCAAACCCCACCCAAUCACCGUUCUCCCCGCCCUCAGUUCCGUGCGACAUCCAGUGUCAGAACGGUGGGAGCUGCUUCUUCAACGACCGUCAGGUGGCAAAGUGUCGCUGCCAGCCCAGCUACAUAGGCGAGAGAUGUGAAAUCAACCAAUGCAGGGACUACUGUAAGAACGGAGGCACCUGCACUGCUUCUCAUGCCGGUGAGAGAUUCAAUUCAAGGUUUAUCAUACGGCACCAAAGCACAACAAUGGUCGCCUCAAGGCAUUUUUAUACUGUGUGGUAAAGACGCCACAGUCUA